CGCGCCCCUUGCUUGUGGAAGGUGAGCGGGCGGGUGUCUCGAGCAGAGGGCUCGAGAGCGCGACCGCCGGGGUCCGAUCGGAUUAAACUCGAAUCGAGUGAAAUGAGCACAAAGGCGAGAUAGUGCGCGAGGACGGGACACGGAGAAGCCAAAAGUACGGGCACCAACUGGUAUUGGAUUUAUAACAGAAGACUAUCCGGCUUUAUUAACGAACAAAAAGAAUAUAUCGCUGGAAAUAUAUUACUUUAAUUGAGACAGUCCCUAAACUGACCUAGCCAACUACUCGGGGUUCUGCAGCUGCAUCAGUGGAGAUGGAGUGAGGUGCCUGAGAUUAGCUGGAGGAUUAGAGGCUCUCAGGGGGGACGUGCCCCUCGCCAAAGGCCCCGAUUGGCUGGCCGGCGUGCCCCAGGGGUGGAGCUGCCAUGACCGACCAGGGGAUGCUGAGCCUGUUUGGGGAGGACGGGGCCCUGUUUUCUGAAGGGCUAGGAGACCUCGGGGAGUGCGGGUACCCCGACGGCCAGCAGAUGGCGAUGGAGCAGGGCUACGGGUCCCUGCAGCAGAACCUCCCGGAGCUGGGGCAGUUCCACCACUACGGCCAGUACGAGCAGCCAGGGGGCGCCAUGCUGGGGACCCAGCAGUACCACCCCUCGGCCCCGCCCCCGGCCCCGCCCUCGGCCCCGCCCAUGUCUCAGCCGCACGCCGGCUACCCCAACAUGCAGGGGGAGAGGCAGGGCCAGCCUUUCAUGGGCGGCAGCACCAUGUGGGGCCCCGGGGCCACACCCACGCAGGCCCCCGGGCCCCACGUCCCCAUGCAGCCCAUGGGGGUGUACGCAGGGGGAGUCGGGGGGGAGUACUCCCAGCAGAAUCUGCCCCGGGGCGGCCCGCCACCCCCCAGCCGUUUUGCGGGCCACGUGGCCCCCCAGCAGGGCUCCAGGAUGGCGGGGCCGCCCAUGCGCCACCCAGUGCAGCAGCAGCAGCAGCAGCAGCCACGCCCGCGCCACCACCCCGCCCCGGGACAGUUCCACCCGGAGCCUGUGGCGCACGGGCGCUGCUUCUCCCCAAACACACAGCCGCACCCCCAGCCCCACCCCCUGCACCAGCAGAGCAUGGGCUUCAGUCCCCACGGGCAGCCUGUUCCCCUUAACGUUCCAAACGGCUCCGCUCGCUUCCCUUCCUACCCCAGCCCCAAUCAGGGCUCAGCCAGCGGCGUGGGGGCGGGGCCUAACGCCAUGCAGGCGCAGGGAUACGCCGGUGCCGCCGACUUCUUGCCCCUGGGAGGGCCCCCGGGGCCCGUACCCCCCCACCAGCAGCACCAGCAGCCCCUGCAUGGGCCCCAAAUGGGCCCCGCCCACAACCACCAGCAGCAGCACCAGGCUCCGCCCCCCCAAAUCGCCUAUGGCCCGGGACCCCCCAUGUCCCCGAUGAAGGCCGUCCCUAACCCCACGGGUGCCCCCACUGCCCCGCCCCAGCAGGGUGUUGCCAUGGGAACGGGCGUGGAGGUGGGCGGGUACCCCGGCGUGCCUCUCCAGCCCCAGGGGGCGGUGGGCGUGUCCCAGUCCCAGCAGCCCCUCCCCCCUCAGCCUUACGGGGGCCUGCCUCAGUGCCAGCCAUCCCACAAUCCCUUGCAGCAGGGACAGAGGAUGCCGUUCCGCCAGCUGCAGCCGACACCGUCAUCGCAGCCUCACGUGGCUCCGCCCCCUCACCAGCAGCCUUGGGCACAGCCACACCCCCUGCUUCCGGUCACCCACAAAGUGCCUGUCACUCAGCCUUCUCUGUUGGAUCCGCCUCCCGAGACCCCCGCCGCACCGCUGACCUCUGACCCCGGGGGCACGGACCAGAAGCCCAAAAAGAAGAAGCAGAAGAAGAAGAAGGAGAAAGUGAAAGCCGAUGAGGAGGAGGAGGGGAAGAAGAAGGAGCCGGACGCUGUGAACGGACCCGAGGAAGAGGCUUCCUCUGGGGCCAAAAAGAAAAAGACCAAAGCCAAGGACCAGGGCACCCCCAAAACGCCCAAAGCCCCCAAAACACCCAAAACGCCCAAGACACCUAAAACUCCCAAAGAGCCAAAGGAGAAGAAGGUGAAGACACCCAAGACUACAGCCCCCAAGAAGCCCAGCGUUAAGAAGACCAGCCCAGAGACCGACACUGCAGCUAAAAAAGAAGCAAAGCGGAAGAGAGAGUCCAGCGAGCACUCGGAUGUGGAAGAAAGGGUUCCCCCGGCUUCUCCGGAGGAGGAAGAGGAGGACGGGGGCACGCAGAAGAGACGGUCCAGUCGGCAGGUGAAGCGGAAGCGCUACACGGAGGAGCUGGAGUUCCGAAUCUCAGACGAGGAGGGUGACAGGAGAGAGGGGGGCAAACGAGCGGCUCAGUCUGAUCAGCAGGCUGCUGGUGCGGACGGUCCUGUUGUGGAGAAGAUCAUGGCUGUUCGGCUGGGGAAGAAAGAGAACGAGUGUGGGGAAGAAGUGGAAGUGGAGGAAUUUUAUGUCAAAUUCAAAGCCCUCUCCUAUCUGCACUGUCGCUGGGCAGACAUGGAGGAGCUGGAAAAGGACAAGCGGAUCCAGCAGAAGGUCAAGCGGUUCAAGGCGAAGCAGUCGCUCAACAGCUUCCUGAGCGAGAUGGAUGAGGAGCCCUUCAACCCAGAUUAUGUGGAAGUGGAUCGCAUCCUGGACAUUUCUGAGAGCACUGAUGAAGAUGGAGAGCCCGUCACUCAUUACCUGGUGAAGUGGUGCUCCCUGCCCUACGAGGACAGCACCUGGGAGCUGAAGGCCGACGUGGACCCGGGGAAGAUCCAGGAGUUCCAGCGGCUAGCGGCCCGGGAGCCCCAGCUGGAGAGAGUGGAACGCCCCCCUGCAGAUGAUUGGCAGGAGCUGAAGACCUCCAGGGACUACCAGAACGGCAACAAACUCAGGGAGUACCAGCUGGAAGGAGUCAACUGGCUGUUCUUCAACUGGUACAACACACGUAACUGCAUACUGGCGGACGAGAUGGGCCUGGGGAAGACCAUCCAGUCCAUCACCUUCCUGUACGAGAUGUUCCUGAAGGGCGUGGGCGGGCCCUUCCUGGUCAUCGCCCCCCUCUCCACCAUCCCAAACUGGGAGCGGGAGUUCCGCACCUGGACCGACCUCAACGUGGUGGUGUACCACGGGAGCCAGGCCAGCCGCCGCACCAUCCAGGCCUACGAGAUGAGCUUCAGGGACCCGCAGGGCGCUGUGAUAAAGGGAGCGUAUAAGUUCCACGCGCUCAUCACCACGUUUGAGAUGAUCCUGACGGACUGCCCGGAGCUGCGGUCUGUGGGCUGGCGCUGUGUGGUCAUAGACGAGGCGCACAGGCUCAAGAACAGGAACUGCAAACUGCUGGAGGGGCUCAAGAUGAUGGACAUGGAGCACAAAGUCCUCCUCACCGGCACGCCCCUGCAGAACACCGUGGAGGAGCUCUUCAGCCUGCUGAACUUCCUCGAACCCCAGCGCUUUCCCUCCGAGCCCACCUUCAUGCAGGAGUUCGGAGACCUGAAGACCGAGGAGCAGGUGCAGCAGCUGCAGGCCAUCCUGAAGCCCAUGAUGCUGCGCAGGCUGAAGGAGGACGUGGAGAAGAACCUGGCGCCCAAGGAGGAGACCAUCAUCGAGGUGGAGCUCACCAACGUCCAGAAGAAGUACUACCGCGCCAUCCUGGAGAAGAACUUCGCCUUCUUGUCCAAGGGGGGCUCGGGAGGAGGAGGAGGAGGAGGCGGCGGCGGCGGGGGCAACGGCAACGUCCCAAACCUGCUGAACACUAUGAUGGAACUGAGAAAGUGCUGCAACCACCCCUACCUCAUUAAUGGAGCGGAGGAGAAGAUCGUGGAGGAGUUCCGGGAGACGCACCCCUGCGAGGGCCCCGAGCUGGCGCUGCAGGCCAUGGUGCAGGCGGCGGGGAAGCUGGUGCUCAUCGACAAGCUGCUGCCCAAGCUGAAGGCCGGCGGCCACCGCGUGCUCAUCUUCUCCCAGAUGGUGCGCUGCCUGGACAUCCUGGAGGACUACCUCAUCCAGAAACGGUACUCGUACGAGCGCAUCGACGGCAGGGUGCGGGGCAACCUGCGGCAGGCCGCCAUCGACCGCUUCUCCCGCCCGGACUCGGACCGCUUCGUCUUCCUGCUGUGCACGCGGGCGGGCGGGCUGGGCAUCAACCUGACCGCCGCCGACACCUGCGUCAUCUUCGACUCGGACUGGAACCCGCAGAACGACCUGCAGGCCCAGGCCCGGUGCCACAGGAUCGGACAGAGCAAAGCGGUGAAGAUCUACCGGCUGAUCACCAGGAACUCGUACGAGCGGGAGAUGUUCGACAAGGCCAGCCUGAAGCUGGGCCUGGACAAGGCCGUGCUGCAGUCCAUGAGCGGCCGCGAGAACGUGGCUAACGGGGUCCAGCAGCUCUCCAAGAAGGAGAUCGAGGACCUCCUCCGGAAGGGGGCGUACGGGGCUCUGAUGGAGGCCGAGGACGAGGGCUCCAAAUUCUGCGAGGAGGACAUCGAUCAGAUCCUGCAGCGGCGCACGCAGACCAUCACCAUCGAGUGCGACGGCAAAGGGUCCACCUUCGCCAAGGCCAGCUUCGUCUCCUCUGGAAACAGGACGGACAUCUCCCUGGAGGACCCUGAUUUCUGGCAGAAGUGGGCGAAGAAGGCUGAGCUGGACAUGAGUGUGAUAAACAGACGGAACACGCUGGUGAUCGACACGCCCAGGGUGCGCAAGCAGACCCGCCACUUCAGCGCCGCCAAGGAGGACGACCUGCUGGAGUUCUCCGACCUGGAGAGCGACUCGGAGGACACGCCCACCCCGCGCACCCGCCGGCCCCAGGACCGCGCCCACGGCUACCCCCGCAGCGCCUGCUUCAGGGUGGAGAAGAACCUGCUGGUGUACGGCUGGGGUCGUUGGGGUGACAUCUUGUCCCGCGGGCGUUUUAAGAGGCCCCUGACUCUGCGGGACGUGGAGACCAUCUGCAGGGCCCUGCUGGUGUACUGCGUGCAGCACUACAGGGGCGACGAGAACAUCAAGAGCUUCAUCUGGGACCUGAUCACCCCCACCGAGGACGGGCAGACCCGCGACCUGCUCAACCACUCCGGCCUGUCGGCUCCCGUUCCUCGUGGGCGUAAGGGGAAGAAGGGGAAGGCUCAGGGGGCCCAGCCCUUCCUGCAGCAGGCCGACUGGCUGGCCCACUGCAACCCCAACACCCUGCUGCAGGAGGACAGCUACAAGAAGCACCUGAAGCACCACUGCAACAAAGUGCUGCUGAGGGUUCGGAUGCUGUACUAUCUGAAGCAGGAAGUCAUCGGCAGCCAGGCGGACAAGAUCCUGGAGGGAGCGGAUUCCAGUGAAAUAGACAUCUGGAUCCCGGCGCCUUUCCUGGCUGAGAUGCCCUGCGAUUGGUGGGACAGGGAGGCGGACAAGUCCCUGCUCAUCGGUGUCUUCAAACACGGCUAUGAGAAGUACAACUCCAUGCGCGCGGACCCCGCCCUGCACUUCCUGGAGAAGGCGGGCUCGCCGGACCCCAAAGCCGUCGCCGCUGAGCAGGGGGGCGCGGACCUGGCGACGGACGGCGUCGAGGGGGGAGAUCUGGACAGAGAAGAUGAAGAUCCUGAGUACAAACCUGCCAGGAUGGCUUUUAAGGAGGAAAUGGAGGAAUGUACAAACUCCUCCUUGGGUGAUGAAGACACUACAGGGGCUGAAUCUCUGGGGGGGAGGUCCGGCGAGCAGGGCGCUCAGGGGAAGCUGCGCUGGCCCAGCACCUCGGCGCUGACGGGCCGGCUGCGCAGGCUGAUCGCAGCGUACCAGCGCAGCCACAAGAGGGAGCAGCAGCGCCAGGAGGCCCUGCUCAUGCUCCAGGCGCACAGACGCCACCCCCAGGAGGCCGCCUGGGCCGUGGCCCCCCAGAGAGAGGCCGCCGCCCCCGACAGGCGCCAGAGGUGGACCCGGAGGGAGGAGGCGGAUUUCUACCGCGUGGUGUCCACCUUCGGCGUGCUGCGCGACGGCCAGCGCUUCGACUGGAGGCACUUCCGCACCUUCGCCCGGCUCGACCGCCGCACCGACCUGCAGCUGGAGGGCUACUUCCUGUCCUUCGUGGCCAUGUGCCGACGCGUGUGUCACCUGCCCCUCCGGCCCGAGGACGAGACGCUGGACCCCACGGUGUGGGUGGAGCCCAUCACGGCGGAGCGGGCCUCGCGCACCAUGUACCGCAUCGAGCUGCUGCGGCGCAUCCGGGAGCAGGUGCUGCCGCACGCCGGCCUGGCCGAGGGGCUCCGGCUGUGCCAGCCCAGCGCCGACCUGCCCGAGUGGUGGGAGUGCGGCCGCCACGACCGCGAGCUGCUGCUGGGCGCCUCCAAGCACGGCCUCAGCCGCACCGACUACCACAUCUUCAACGACCCCGAGCUGGGCUUCCUGGAGGCGCACAGGAAGUUCACCCAGCCGCCCGCCCCGGCCGCCACCGCCCCCGCCCCCGCCUCGGCGCUCAAAGAGGAGCAGGCCGCACCCAAACCGCACCCACGGAAGGUGGAGGACGGCUGCGGCCAAGCUGAGGAGAAGCCGGAGACUGCCUCUCUCAAAGAGGAGGAGCAGAGAGAGGAGGCGGAGACCAGCUUGAAGGAGGGGCCUGGCAGCGGAGAGAGCAAAUCUGAGGGAGAGGAGGCGGAGCCUAAAGCUGAGGAAGAAAAGGAGGUGCCUAAAGCUGAGGAGCAAGAGGAGGAGCCUAAACCUGAGAAACAGGAGGCGGGACUGAAAGCUGAAAGAGAGGAGGUGGAGCCUAAAGCUGAAGGAGAGGAGGCGGAGCCUAAAGCUGAAGGAGAGGAGGCAGAGCCUAAAGCUGAAGGAGAGGAGGCGGAGCCUAAAGCUGAGGGACAAGAGGCGGAGCCUAAAGUCGAAUCCAAGCCGCUGUCCGAGAAGGGAUCUGAAGAUGACGAUGAGGACAAAAUGGAGGAAGACUAUAAAUCUGAGUCCUCUCAGGCUGAAGCGAGCGCCGCCUCUCAGGACAAGGCCUUUGACGAGGAGAGCAACGCGUCCCUGAGCACGGCGCUGGACGAGACCCGCGACGGGUUCCCCUCUGAAGACGCUCCCGUGGUCUACGACCGGGCCUUCUCCUUCUGCCACUGGCCCAAGGACCGCGUGGUGAUCGACCGGCUGGACGUCGUCUGCGAGACGGUGCUGAAAGGGAAGUGGCCCGCCAACAGGCGCCAGCUCUUCGACUUCCCCCCGGCGCAGUUGCCUGGAUACGCAGCCAGCGCCGCGGGGAGCCCCGUGCCGCGGGGAUUCGGCGAGCUCGCCGCAGCGGGACAGGCCAGCCACAGCGGCAGCGAGGAGAGCGCCCUGCCCCCACAGGACGAGGCCGCGAGCGCGGGGUUCCUCCCGUCCCAGCGCCGCGGGUGGAGGAAGGUGGAGGCGGAGGCGGAGCGGGUGGCCAAGCGCAGGCACCUCAUGGACAUGGUGGCCCAGCUGAGGGAGUCUCACGGCCACGCCCACGCCGGGGCCCAGCCCUCCCCGCACCCGUCCCCCGCGUUCUCCCUGCCCGCGUCCUCCGCCCCCCGCGACGGGCGGAGGAGGCGGGCCGAGUCGCCCUGCGCCACCCCCCCGAACGGGGCCUUCCUGGAGGACGACCUGCCGAUGAAGAGGAGGAGGGGCCGGAGGAAGAACGUGGAGGGGCUGGACAUGCUGUUCGCCAGGCACAGGAAGGCGGCACCCAGCGCCGAGGAUUCGGAAAUGACCAAAGCUUUCCUGGACGGGGUGCAGAUGCCCCCACAGACGCGGCGAAACAUUCCUUCCCUGGCGGGACAGGACCCCAAGAAUCGGGUUACCCUGGACAACCUGGUGGACAGAAACGGGAUGCUUGGAGGAGGCGCCCUCGGCAACAAGAACCUGGCGGAGUGGCUGGGACGACACCCCUCCUACGCCCCCGACACACCGAGCUAUUCACCAAAGAGGGAGGAGCUUCCCCUCUCGCCGUUCCACACCCCGAAGCAGAAGAGGCACCGCUGCCGCAACCCCAGCAAGAUCGACGUCAACACCCUGACCGGGGAGGAGAGGGUGCCCGUCGUCAACCGCAGGAGUGGCAGGAAGUUGGGUGGGUCAUUCGCCCCGCCGAUGAAGGACUUGCCUCGGUGGCUGAAGGAAAACCCGGAGUUCGCCGUCUCUCCGGACUGGACCGACAUCGUCAAGCAGUCAGGCUUCCUCCCGGAGACCAUGUUCGGGGGGCUUCUGACGGGGCCCGUGGUGAGAGAGGAGGGGGUGUGCCGGCGGGGGCGGAGACCGAAGAGCGAGGGGGCGCGGGGUGCCGCCUCUGUGGCGGCCCCUCCCCCCGCGGGGCUGAACCCCCUGCUGAUGGGCGGGCUGAUGGGGGGCCUGCAGAGCCUGCAGCUGGCCGGGCUCAUGGGCUUCCCCUCGGGGGACCCCAAACAGGCCGCCGCCCUGCUGCCCCUCAUGCUCCCCAACAUGCUGGGCCUGGGCGGGCUGUUCGGUAACCUGGCGACCGCCGCAGGCUCCGCCCCCGCCGCCCAGGGCGAGCCCGAGGCCACACCCAAGAAGGAAGAUGAAGAGGAGGAUGAGGAGGAGGGGGAGGCCGAAGAGGGGAGCACCGCCGAGGCAGAGGGCGGAGCCGCCGCGAACGCCAUCUCCGCCGCCAUGGCCGGCAUGUCCGCCAACCCCCUGGCCUUCAACCCCUUCCUGCUGUCCGCCAUGGCGCCCGGGCUCUUCUACCCCUCCAUGUUCCUGCCCCCCGGCCUGGGCAACAUGGGUAACCUGGGCAACCUGGCCAACUUGAGUAACCUGGGUAAUCUGGGCAAUCUGGGUAACCUGGCCAACCUGAGUAACCUAGGUAACCUGGCCAACCUGAGUAACCUGAGUAACCUGGGUAACCUGGGUAACCUGGGCAGCCUGGGCCUGGCCGGCCUGCCCCAGGCUCUGGCAGGGCUGCAGAGCGCCAUGGCGGGGGCCGGGGUGGAGAACGCCGCGGGCUCCUCCACGGAGAGCAACGCCGAGAACGGCACAGACGACUGCUCGGGCUCGGGCGCCGAGAACGACACGGGCAGCAGCACAGAGAGCAGCCCGGAGGCCAGCGCAGGCAACCCCGCGGGCCCCAGCACAGGCUCCAGCACAGGCAACCCCGCGGGCUCCAGCGCGGCUGACGGCAAAGGGAACCCAGCGGCCUCCAGCGCAGACGACGGCACAGGAAACGACGGCAAAGGAAACGGCGGCGAGAACGACACGGGCGCGGCGGCUGCAGACGAGGAGGAAGGCCCCGCCCAGCCCGAGACGGACGGCGCGGCGGCGUCCGCCGGAGACCAGAGCGCGGACUAGGCCCCGGAGAACCUCGCCUGCCCCGCCCAGCCGAACAAGACCCAAUCACUACUGUGGACACGACACUGUUAAAGCCUUCUCCUUCUCACUCUGUUAUUUUCAGUUUUUUCCCCAAAGCAAUCUGAACUGCCUGAGCAAAAAGCCACUGUCAUACACUGUAGCAUAAGGUGCAUCACUGACGUCGCGGGGACGCCGGGAAGCAGUCGCCGUGGAUACGAGGGCCCGCUUUGUCCGGUCCUGCAUAUGAACCACAGAGAGGUGACUGAACUGCUGAAAGAGGGCUUUGGGGAGGGGUACCCCGGCCUCGCUGCUUUCCACCGAGCUCCUCCCCCUCCCGUAGAGGGAGCCCCCGACUCUCUGUCAGUCAGAAGCAGAGGGUCGAGCGAGAUGUGUGUAUUUAAACUUCUCCUUUUUAAUUCCCCCUGUCGAGUUGUGUUUGUGUGCUGUUCUGUUCUGCUGUUCUUUAUUUUUUUUUCAGGAUGAACGUCUGAGGCGCGUCUCUCUCUCUCACAGUGCUCAGGCUCCCCUCCAGUUUCCCACAAUCCCCUCUGCCCUGUGGAAACAGCAAUAAAGGAGUACAGUUAUUCAGGCAGCUGCUGAAUGUCCCACUGGCCUCAGGGCUUCUCACUGGGACAUUGACCAAGAAAUCUGAAAAACGGGGAGGGGGGGGUACAGUCAGUUUGUCUCAUGAUAAUGUCGUUUAUGCACUGGUAAUAACUAUUGAUGAAAAAAUCAGGUACAUUUAUCUAUUGAAAGGACAUUUUUUUGUUACUCUAGCCACAAAGAUGCACAGCAUUACCUCAACUUUAAACUAGCCUUGAAGUUUACAGACGUGACUUUUAUUUUGGUUUUUUGUGGAAGGGGUCAGGAUUUGAUUUUGUCUUUUUCAUGUUUUUUUCUGAAACCGUUUUGUAUGAUAAACUGUAAAAUGCUGUAGUAAUGUUGCUACUUUUAAUAAAAAGUCACACAUCGUAUACAUCUAGGAUACCAAA